GAGGUGUUUCAUGGGCGGGGCUCGUUAUAAAAAUUGCAGAACUCAAAUCAUGGCAGAAAAGGAUGGUUUUGUUGCCAAGGUCGUUUCUGGAGCCAUAGAGAAAGAAAAAGAAUCCUUGAAGGCACUUAGCCAUGAGAUAUGGUCUAACCCUGAGCUCAAUUAUGAGGAAGUCAUUGCUCACAAAGUUCUAACGGAUUACUUGGAAGCAAAAGGAUUUGCUGUUGACAGGGAGUUUUGUAACAUCAAGACAGCUUUUAGAGCAAGGUUUGGUUCAGGGUCACCAAACGUGUGUGUCAUAUGUGAAUAUGAUGCUCUCCCAACAAUAGGCCAUGCCUGUGGUCAUAACCUCAUAUCAGAAGCAGGAGUAGCUGCUGGGCUAGGUGUCAAAGCUUACCUUGAGACAACAGGUUUGACUGGUACUAUAACAGUCCUGGGUACGCCAGCUGAAGAAGGAGGGGGAGGAAAGAUCCUACUAAUAGAGAGAGGAGCAUUGAAAGGGAUCGAUAUGUCCAUGAUGGUCCAUCCAGCUCCUUUUGAGAUCAUCAUGCCUAAUCAUUUAUCAUGCGCUCAGCUAACAGUGGAAUUCACAGGUAAAGCGGCUCAUGCAGCUGCCUUUCCAUGGGAGGGAGUCAACGCUUUAGAUGCAGCUGUACUGGCUUAUACUAACAUCUCCCUCCUGAGGCAACAGAUGAAGCCGUCAUGGCGCGUUCAUGCUGUCUUUACUAACGGUGGCACAAAGCCUAAUAUAAUACCGGAGAAAGCUUCUCUUCAUUAUUACGUGAGAGCUCCGACGAGCAGCGAGUUGGAGACACUAAGAGCUAAAGUGGUCUCCUGCUUUGAGGCUGCAGCGACUGCAACCGGAUGCACAAUGAAGACAGAGCCUGUCGGGAAAAUAUACAAGAACGUCGUCUGUAACCCGAUUCUUGGGAAAAUGUACGAGCGAAACUAUCGCCAGUUGGGCGUGACUGAUUAUGAGUACUCUGGCGAUUUGACGGCUUCGACUGAUUUUGGUAAUUUUUCGCAAGAAGUCCCCGGGCUUCAUCCUCGUUACUGCGUGGGUGGAGGGAAAGUGGCAACUCAUAGUCCUCCAUUUGCGGGCGUGGCUAACACUCUAGAGUCUCACGCUAAGACUUUACUGGUUGCAACAACUCUGGGCAUGACUUGUGUUGACGUGUUGAAGGGAGGGGAGAAAUUGCUGAGUGAGAUAAAGGAGGAAUUUGAUAAACAAAUGGCAGCUUUAAAGUGAUGUAAUAUCACUGUUAUUAAUUAAUUGAUUUGCUGAAUAAUAAUAAUAUUGCAUUGAUAAUUUGCUGAAUAUAAAUAAGAAACAAAUAGUA